AUACAAACGAAAGGAGGCUCAAAAGGGUUGAACCAGCCAAUCGGAACAAAAGGAAAAAAAAAACAGGCAGCGAGAAUGAAAAACAGAAAGGGGAAGGGAGAAGAGACAAGAAGAACCAGAGCAGAAAGACUGAGAGGCCUCAGACAGAGGAGGCAAGCAAAGGGAAGCAACAGAAACAGGGGAGCAAACAAUCAAAGGGGAAGCCUCCGAAACACCCGUACUCAAAGGGAUAGCUGCAGGUCACUGGAAGUGUGCAUCAAGGGUUUGGGUGUUGAUUUGUCAAUGCGUGAUUAGCUAGCCACUGGCGUCCAUCUUCUUUACUGACUUUCCCCAUAGCAAUAGGCCACUCGAGCAUGGACUUGAGAGCUUUUCUGGAAACUGCAACAACGCCCUGCUAUUGUCUUGGAAGAUGCGUCGGUUUCUUUCGAGCCAUAACUGCCAAAGGAUAGCAUGAAGUGCGUUGUGAAUAAUCCAGCCGUCAACGGUUUCAGGGGGGCGCCCUGCCACUCAUUCACCGUUGAAUACACAUCAGCACGUGGAUUGGGGAUUCUUGGACUGACAGCUCUGAUUAUCUGCCAAACCUCUUUGCUAAAUGCACAAACAAUGAAGAUAUGAUCGGUAGUCUCCUCGUCUUUUCCGCAGAGAACGCAUCUGUUUGCUAGAAAGAGUCCUCUAUUCUUUAGGUUGUCAAGUAUCUGAAGUCUCUUGAGGGUGGUGAGCCAUAUGAAGAUGCAGACUUUGGUUGGAAUGGUUGAUUUCCAGACAGAGGAAGCGGGGAAGUUGGGGAUUCCAGGGAACCUGUUCUUCACAAGGGAUCUAUACAUAGAACGAACAGAGAAAGGGUUGUCUGGGUUUGGUAACCAAACAAUCCGACUAGGCCCGCUUGAGACCCUUUGAUUAGCAAAGUUGUUAAGGAACUCAAGCAAAGAAAGUCGUUCCAUGCUGCAUCUGUUUCCAAUGGAAAGUCGCUCCAAUUUGAAGAGACCAAGAGAAAUAAAACGGGGGACAAUGCCGGGUCGUCUAAAUCUUGGUUCAACCAUGAUUGACGAUUUUUCAAUGGAAAUUUUAGCACAAGAGCAUGUUUGAUGUAAAAAAUAGUAAAGGGGCAUGUUUGACAAAACGUAAUAGUAGAUUGACAUAUUAUACCUAUAACUCUUAUUUAACCGUUUGUGCGAAUUUUCUUUGACAUGUUGCUAAAGAUAUUGGAAUGGGGAAGUUUCUCUUCAAAUUCUUUCUAUGUUGAAAAUUAAUGAUCGCUACAAGAAAAUCAACAUUUAGUUAAGGCUGGAAAAAAUAAAGCGCACCACUUUAAAAUUUGUGGAUCAAAACGUACCUUAUAGUUUGGUCAUGGCCAUAGACUGUCAAUUCAAGCUUUUGCAUAUGUGGAGGGAACUGUCUCCAUCUCAGUCAACCAACCCAUUUCCUCACAUUAAAAAAAACACCACAUUCAUAACCAUUUUCCAUCACCAAAGACAACAAGCAAACGAAGGACCUAAUAAUCUAUGUAUAUAAAUACAUACUCAGGCCGGCCAUUUGAUUCUGCAGCUGGUUGGAGCAAAGGAAGCAUAACCCAUUUCCACAAGUUAACGUAAACCCACAGAGAGAGAGAGAGAGAGAGAGAGAAUGGGAAGGUCUCCUUGCUGCGACGAGGAUGGGCUGAAGAAGGGCCCGUGGACUCCGGAAGAGGACAAGAAGCUGGUGGAUUACAUACACAAAAACGGCCAUGGCAGCUGGAGAGCUCUCCCCAAGCUCGCCGGGCUGAAUAGGUGCGGCAAGAGCUGCCGGCUGAGGUGGACUAACUACUUGCGGCCGGAUAUCAAGAGGGGGAAGUUCUCUCAGGAUGAAGAACAGACCAUUCUCAAUCUCCAUUCCAUUCUUGGCAACAAGUGGUCAGCAAUAGCAAGUCAUCUCCCCGGACGGACGGACAACGAGAUCAAAAACUUCUGGAACACACACCUGAAAAAGAAGCUGAUCCAGAUGGGGUUCGACCCGAUGACCCACCAGCCGCGGACCGACCUGUUCGCCACGCUGCCUCAGCUCAUGGCCCUGGUCCAGCUGAAGGACCUCCUGCUCGACCACACCAGCAGCAGCAGCAACCCACUCGACCACCAGACCAUGAGGCUCCAGGCCGAGGCCCUCCAGCUCGCCAAGCUCCAAUACGUCCAGUACCUCCUCCAAUCCUCAUCCUCCACCUCAUCACCAUCACCACACCACCAACACCAAAACGGCGCCGUAUCAUCCGACAUGGAACUCAUCAACCUCCUCAAUUCUCUUCUUGGUCAAGUUAUGUCUUGCCCUAUACUGCAAAUAGAAAAGAAGAAAGUUGGUGAUAGAAUGUUGGACAUGACUGAAUCAAACCAGACGAAGGUUAAAGACAGAUUUCCCUCAUUUGAGUUCAAGUCCUCUCACUGCAAGGACAUGAUGUACACAAAAGAGCAGCUCUACAUUUCAAAGUCUCCCUCACUCAAAUUCUGUUCUGCGCACAACUUUGUGUCCCUUUUCUUCUCAUAUAGCAAACGUCCUCAGCUAUGGAAGGGAGGGGAGCAGCAUCUUGUGAGCUUGAAGUGUCUUGAUGCAAAGCAUUCCGAUUUGCUCUGGAUUCCGGAUCUAUCAAAGGCUCAGAAACUAGAAAGUUUGAACCUUGAAGGCUGUGCAAACUUGGUUGGGAUCUCAUCCAUUCAGUAUCUUACAAAGCUUCAGCAUCUCAACCUCAAGGGAUGCCAAAGUUUGAAGGGAGUUCCAAGUUUAAUCAGAUUGAAGUUGCUCAAGACAUUUGAUCUCUCUGAUUGCUCAAAUCUAACCAGGCUUCCUCCUUCGCUUGGAUGUCUACCAAAUCUCAGUGAAUUGAACCUCAAAAACUGUGCAAAACUUGCCAACCUCCCACGUAGUGUUAUCCACUUGAUGAAAUCUCUUGAAACUCUUAAUAUUUCUGGCUGCUCCAGUAUGUGGAAGUACAUUGGUGACUAUCAGGAUGGAGCAGUGCCCUCAUUAGCAAAGCCACAUUUGGGGUUUUCUGCCAUGCCUUCCACAGAAGCAAGACACCGGGAGAAUCUACCCAACAGCAACAGUGACAUUCCAGCUGAGCAAGUGGAUGUUGUUGCUGAAGGUUCACUAUCACAAGAUCUAUCAUUAGAUCUGAAAGACAUACGAGGAAAGAAGGCUGUAGAACGAGAGGAAGAAGCAUUUCCAAGAACUCCUUUGAUCAGUUCUCUACUUUCAGAACUCAGGAGGGCACUAUUGCUCCCUCCUAAUGUUGGUUCUUCCCAUGCUUCCACAUCUUCUUCCCACGAUAUCAACAUCCAGACCAUAAACCACACACAGAACAACAAAUCAGAAGCGGAGCAAAGUGAGAUUGCAACUCUUUUGCAGAUGGAAGAUCAACAACAACAACUAAGAAAUGAUGAUGAUCAUGACGAUGCAAAGACUGUUGAAACGAAGCCACUUUCUGCAGCAACCGAACCAAUUCUUUGCCAGGUGGAAGACUGCCAAAUCGAUCUUAGCGGGGCAGAGACUUAUCACCAACAACACAAGAUCUGUGAGAUUCAUUGCAUGGCUACUGCCGCAUUACUAGGCAAUAUCCUACAGCGGUUUUGCCACCAAUGUUGCAGGUUUCAUGUCCUCUGUGAUUUUGAUGAAGAGGAGAGAAACUGCAGAAAUCGGUUAGCGGGUCAUCAUCAAAAGCAACGGAGGCAGGGUAAUGCCGCUACUAUUGGUACCGGGGAAGAACAUUCAACUCCUGAAACAACAGAUUUGGAUGCCGAGAUCAACAUUGCCGAUUCAGAAGGUGAAAAUGAAAAAUGCUUGCUUCACAAGAGAAUCAAAACAGUGGAUCCUCCAGAGCAGAAUCAGCCAACGCUAGCAGUAGAGCAGCAGUCCUUCAACGAUUGGGAUGAAGCCAAUGCGAUUGGGGACAUUGAGGAUCGUGUUCUGGAAAUGAUUGAGCAGAUUUCGCGCUCGAAUUACGCCGACGAUGACGAAAAGGCGGCAGCAGCAGUGCCGGAGAGUGUGCUGGAUUUGGUAGCAGAGAUGGAACAAACCGUUCCUGAGACAGUGAGGAGCAUGAAGAGUGCCAAAGCAAAGGCAACAGCUGAUUCAGCGGAAUGGAAGGUGGCUGAUGCAAGGUUGGUUAUAGGAGAACUGGAGCUGAGAUUGCUGGACAUGGAAUUGACGAGGAUCUCCGAGGAGGAAGAGGAGAUUGAAGCUGAGCUUCAGCGAUUGAUGGAUCAGAAGAGAGAGCUGUCACAGCAGUAGCACUAGGCAAGUUAAAAUUCUCUUCCUAAGGUUAAUCAAGUUUCUGGACAGCCAAAUAAGACAAUCGGAAGGAAAAAAAAUCGAGAGCGCCAAGGAAAAGAAAAAGGGAGACGGAUAAUAAAUAAUAUUACCUAUCUUUCGAUUCGUUCUCCCGCAGGCUCAGCGCCGACGGCCGGAACUUCCAGAGAAGCAAUGAAUCGGGAAGCAUGGGUUUCAAUGGAAGGAAAUUCAGAAUUUGGACGGAGCAAACUACAGAGAUGGAGGAGAAGAAGAAAGCUGUUGAAUGCCGGUGGGGGUUUGCCGGGCUCGUGGCGGCAGAUUGACGGAGACGUUGUGGGCCUCGUUUAAUUGUUGGGCUCCUGUGGUUGGGCCAGCGAUGAUGAGGGGGCUAAGAUUAGGUGACUAAGACGGGUUUAUUUUUAAUAGGAAUCUGCUCAGUGCUAUUAUUAAUCAGAAGAAACAGUUACAUCAUCUAGUUUUAGCUGAUCAAGCAGACACAUUGGAGGUCUAUCAAACUAGACCUCCACUUCAUUCCAUCCCGUAUUGACAUGCGUCAUUUUAUGGGCUGCCUCGUUCGCCGUCUAGCUAACGUGUCGCCACUCACCUCCCCCAAUUUCCUCCAUCAGCUUACAUAUGCUUCGACAUAUAAUUCCCACUUCAGUAUGGGCGUCCCUAGCUGUCGAAAGCUUUCCCACCAGCGUAAGGCAAUCUGUUUCGAGCACUGGGGAUCCCAAGUGAUGUUGUCGCACCAAAAGGAGACCAAACUCCCCUGCUAGCGCCUCGCCCAUUUCCGGAUCUCCCCCCGUAUCAGAUUUUCUUCGCAGCCGCUAGCACAAAGCGCCCCAUAGCAUCUCUAAUGACCACACACAAACCCAAGACCCCAUCCACGACUCAUGCAUCAACAUUCACUUUGAUCUUUCCCAUUCUUGGUCGUUGCCACGUCUUCGUCACACCUGGCCCCGAUGAGGUCUCCAAAGCCUCCUGGUAUUGUCUAUAAUCAUCAAUAAAAGCUUGGGCGCGCACCACUAUUUCUUCUUCGGCCAACUUUGCACCAUUGAACAUAUGUGCGUUUCGUUCUUUCCAAAGAAACCAUAGCAAUACACUCCAGUCCGCGAACUCUUCUGCUGUUGCUACCUGAGCCACUCGUGCUACCCAGUCCAGGCAUCCCUUGUCAUCUCUCAUAUCAAACCACUUGGCUAAAGUUGAUGCACGCCAGAUCCGACAAACCCAGCCACACUCCCCAAAUAAAUGAACUUGUGUCUCCUUCAAAUUACAAAAAGGACAAGCAUCUCCUCUCCGCUCACUUCUCAUACUAACCUGGUCACCCGUAGCCAAAGAUGUUCUAGCGAAACGCCACAUAAAAUGGCGAACCUUUG